GCUGGAGUACAAGGAUGGAAACAAGCCAGACAGACUCUCUUUAUUCACUUCUUAGCCUUCAAUGAGAUGACAGGGCCACGACAGUUGCAUGCAGGGGCCUUUGUGGUAAUGGAUGAAGUGUUGGGCAUUCAAGUGUUCCCUGCACUCUUCUAGGCAUAAAGUUCAUCCUGCCUCCUUCAUCCCACCCUGUCCCAGUGCCUCCUGCUCCAGUUUGUGGUUGGUGUUGGUGUUCACUCCCUCCACGAGCUGCAGAGGAUGAGGAGGGCAGGCUGGGCUGCAGAACAGCCCCACUCCGUGCUCCCCCGGCUGGAGCUGGGGCUGGUGGGGGAGUCCGAGGCAGGAUGGGGCUCAGGGGAUGGGCUUUGACCGCCUGGAGAAGUCACCUCCCACUUGUGGGGGUGGGAACAAACACUGCGGUGUCUCCUGGUGAAGACUCAAGGCUUUGCAAGCACAGGGAUCACAUCAGUUACUUGCACGUGGAGGAGAAUGAGGUUUCAUGGCUUGUUUUUGGGCCGGGGUGGAGGAGGAGUGAGAGUACGUGGUCCCUUUGCACGCUGGCUGUGGCAGAAAGGGAGCUGGGUUGUUCUGGCUGCUCUCCCAGCCCUGGCUCUCCGUGCCAGCAUAAGCAGAACCCGAAGUGUGAGGAUCAGCACCUUUCCAGGCACAUCUGCAGUAAGUAGCAGUUGCUCCAGCAGCUGGCCUGCCUCUCCAGGGUGAGCACUGGGCUCUGUAUAAAAGGGAAGGAGCAGCCUUUGCCUUUCAUCCCUCCGUUCUCCUCCCUCGCUGGGCGGCAGGACUCAUCCCGCACCUCCGCAAACCCCGGCGCGAUGCCGCUCAAGAAACCCGACCCGAGGAAGGAAGCGGCCAAAGCAGCUCCAGGCUCGGAGCCUGCCUUCGACCCCAAGAGCGUGAAGAUUGAAUUCACGGCAGAGCAGAUUGAAGAGUUCAGAGAAGCCUUCGGGCUGUUUGACCGGACGCCGGCGGGGACGAUGCAGAUCAGCUACGGACAGUGCGGGGACGUCCUCCGGGCGCUGGGCCACAACCCCACCAACGCUGAGGUCCUCAAGGUGCUGGGCAAGCCCAAGCCAGAAGAAAUGCACACCAAGAUGCUGGACUUUGAGACCUUCCUCCCCAUCCUGCAGCACUUCACCCGCAACAAGGAGCAGGGCACCUUCGAGGACUUUGUGGAAGGGCUGCGUGUCUUCGACAAGGAGGGCAACGGGAUGGUCAUGGGGGCCGAGCUGCGCCAUGUGCUGGUCACGCUGGGAGAGAAGAUGACAGAAAGCGAGGUGGAGCAGCUCAUGGCAGGGCAGGAAGAUGCCAAUGGCUGUAUCAACUAUGAAGCUUUUGUCAAGCACAUCAUGUCUGGCUGAAACGAGAAACUUCAGGCUCUCAGAAAUGCUUGAAUCCACCUGAGCACCAUGAAGAGCAAGAUUCCUCCAUGCAUGUCCUUUCCCUGGGAUGUUUUGCCUAAGCCAUCGUUGGGCAGCACGUGUGUGUGCCUGAGCCUGGUACUCCGUGACACAUCUGCAACUGGGUUUUAAACCUCAAGUUACUCUUUUCAGGUUUUCUCUGUGACAUUUGUCUCAUUAAAUUUCAUUCCUUCCUCCCUUAAAUGGUUUGUCUGCCUUGGCUUGGGUCACCUUGACAUGGUGGGUGGGGGAGACCCCUCGGUCUUCACCAGCUCUCAGGGUAUUUCCAUGGAGAGGGGGAAAAGGCAGGGGAUGCAAAGGAAGAGUUCAGACCUGUAAGUGAGGAUCCUUUGGCACUGGGCAGGAGCUGGGCUGCAGCCUGGUCACCUCUUGCUGAUGCAGACCUGCAGCCAGGAGAGCACAAGGGGCAGGUCGCAUCAAACACACACCCUUUGGUUUUGGGAGGUUCUUCAUUUCCUCUCUGCCCUAAAACCAAUCCUUUUCCAAAACUGUAGGCCAUCCAU